CAUAGCUGAAUGCAGUUUCGGCUCCGGUGGCCAUGGCUUUUGUUGCUGAUCGUGCAUUCGUCCUGCACGGAGUCAAGAGCCCUCUGAGGUAGGCGUCAGAGCCCUGGCCUCACCCGGGUCACGGUAAGCCGUCUGAGGAUGGCGAAUUCCCCUGUCCCGGUCAGUGUUGAGAGUCCCCACGAGCCGUUCCUAGGACGGUUGCUAUGGACGCCGCGACUACACCGGCCCCGAAAACGGAGUUUUUUAUUUCUGUUUACGGUGAUAUGUUUGUGUUGUGUUUCCGUGGAAAUUGUCUCUUUUACUUUUAUCUGAAGUGAGGGAUGGGAAAUUUCACCAACUCAGUCGUAAAAUAAAAUAAAUGCACGUGGCAGACAGCAGCAAGGACUGUCCCAGCAUUGAUGAGUUGGAACAAAGUUUAAGUGAACUGAAGGUGCAGGUAAAAGGCUUGGCUGAGAGUCUGAGCCCUGAAUUAUUGACAGAGUACAAGAAGAUAGGAGAGACAGAUAGCAUCUUGAGAUCCAGUGGCAAAAACGGUGACUUGCUCUGCUCAACUGGUGGGACAUUUCCUGAGGAGGAUAUAGUUGGACAAGCAACAAAUCCUGAUGAGUCAGAAUGGUUUCUGAGGCCAAGGCAUUUAGUGCAGUCACUCGGCAGAUAUCCAGCACUUGAAGACCUUGGGGUUCCUGUUCAUUCCUUGUCACCAGUGGACCGAAUGGUGGGUCUCACUGGGAGUGAGCUCUCCAGCAAAAACAACAAAACAUCCACGAUCUCACCCGUAGACAUUGCCUACAGAGAAAGUUUUCCGCUUAAGUUCGGUGCACCACAUGUAAUUGGAGUCAGGGCUCUCCGUCCUCCUCAGAUACCAGUCAGGCCUCAGUCUCCUGAAUGGACCAGAUCACCAUUCCUUAGAGACCAAGCUCAGACUCUCAGGCGCCCCAGGAGCAUCCGAUCACGAUCUCUAUCCCCAGCUUCCAAACGAAGUCGUUGGCUGCAGUCCUGUUCGGAAUCUCCCAAACCUGUUUGGAGACCAAAUUCUAUGAAAGUAAAUGCAUGUGGACAGCCCCCUCCCCCAAUUAACAGGCAGAGGUCAGGGAGUAAGAAGAUAUCCUCCAACAGACUGACACAUUCAUAUUCCUACAAACCAGGGAAGUUCAAUUCAAGCUCCCAACGGUCAAGUCAGAGCCUAGAUGACAGCUCAAGCUCCUUGUGGACUUCACGCAGAUUGGUAGUCCCACCUGUGUCAUCUCUUUCUGCUCAGGAAAUCAAUGAAAGAUUCCUGCAGUCACUGGCAGAGGGCGAUGUCAGACAAUCAUUGGUGGAAAUGUCGCCAUACCAACAAGAACUCUCUCAUCUGAGGUUGGAACGUCUCAGAGUUGAGGAAGGGGUCCACAGCCCAAGUGGUAUGAAAUGAAAGGAUCUCACUUCCAUUAUGAAGCUCACAAGAACCAUGAACUGUUAUGAAGCAGUAAGGACUGGCAGUCUGUGUUUAAAUAUCAGGAGGAUCUGCUCUCUACAUCUAAGGACUUCAUUCCAACUGGCUGUCACAGUAAUCCAGAUUCUGUGUGAUAUUCAACAGUAACUAUUCUUCUGGUUGCCUAACAUUCAAUCAUCUAGGCAUUUAAACAAAAGACUUCCAGAUGCAUCUACUUAAAAGUAGGAAUAUUAUCCUGUGUAGACAGGUCUCAUUGACAUGCUACGGUAUUAUCAAACAACAGUGCGAGAUCUGAGAUCACCACCAGAAAUAAGGGUUUCAUCCUGACUGGAGUGAAGCAGAAUGAAGUUGAGUUUAAGAAUUUGCCAAGGUGGUUUGAGAGAUUCCUGGGCCUGUUUAUGAAUACCCUGCUUUCCAAUAAUAUGAAGAAAAGUGAUAAUGGAAUGGAACUAUGUACAUAAAUGUUAGCAAUCUGCAGGCAGGCAGAAUGUGAAUCAUAACUGUGUGUAAUAUACAGUUGCAUCUUGCAUUGUACAGCUUUUAUUGUCAGAGUGGUGGUAUAGUAACUGUAUCAUGAAAUGAUAUAAUUUUAAUGUAAAGAGUAUGAAUGAUUUUCUGAAACUUUUAUCCUGGAAAGCAAGUUUGCUAUCUAGUUCUGAUUUCAUUUUGAUAAAGCUGCUGGUUUCAAAAAUGCAAGAAAGCAAAGUACUCAUAUCCUGCAAACAUGUCAGCUUUCUAUAAAGAUUCAACAUUAUAAAAAUAGAUUUGCAGCAAACAUUACAAUUCUUUGCCAGGAAAUGAAUGCUUUUCUAAGCCUUACGCUUCACAGUUCCUUGUAUGCUGCCUUUGCAGUUGUAACAUAUGCAGUAUCAAAAGAUACAUACAGAUCAUGAAGGCAUUUGGGGCCAACUUCUUUGGAUACAAAUUCUACACCCUCAUCCUUCAACCAUUGUCACAGCAUCCAACUGUACCAUUCUGGUAUUUGUUUCCAAUUGUCUACCUAACUGACAUCAGUUCUAAUAUGCCUUAAAUUAAUUUUAACCUGUAGCUCGUAUAAUCGCUGAUUUAACUUUUUCUUUUAUUGCAUCUUUUACUACAUAUUGCUUUAAGGUUGUUGCUCAGUCACUUCCUUUCAAUGCUGAAAGACUAAAGUUUCUCCAGUUUUCUUCUUGUUAUUUAGUUUGUUUGACGCACAAGAUCAGCCUAAUGACUUCACAUCACUUCCUCAAUGCUUGACUAUUUCCUUAAUGCUUUGUUGGCCAAUGAUGUCGUCUGCUUUGACUGCUGGUUCAUUAUAAUUUCCACUAAUUUACAUACUCUUGUACACAAUUCAUUCAGAAUUUCUUUUGUUUUAUUGAUUCCAGCAACGCAGUGAUUACAUACGUCAAGCAGCAUGUCUGCUUAUUCAGUGACAUCUUUUUCGACUUCACCCUUCAACAAUUUGGGCGAGGUCCACCUGCUGCUCAACAUAGAGCUUUCUAGAAUCCAUUUGGGAUGUCAUAUCAUCUUAAAAGAAGUAAAUUAGCUUAGUUAGGCAAAAUCAUCCCCUUUUGUACCUGUUGGCUGAAGUAAUUAAACUGCUUAAUCAAAAUCAAGAUAGUUUCAUUUAAUGUAAC